CCUCCGACCCCCCAGGAGGCCAGCCCCCUCCCCUUCCCCGCCUACCUCCCUCUCCUCCCCCGGGGCUCGGUGCGCUGCCGAGGCCGGAGUUCGCUGCAAGUCGGCGGAAAGUUUGUCUGCGCGGAUUCCCCCGAAGUUCAGGCCAGGACUCAGCCACAGGAGGCUGUGAACUCCAUAACCCGGGGCUGAAUGAAGCAAGAACUUGGUGUCCCCGUGUCUCCUCCUCAGGCUCAGGCUGGACAUGAGUAAAGGCACUUCCACGUGGACACCUGACCAUGUGCCUGUCCUGAGUGAGGCCCACCAGGCAUCUCUGUUGUGGGCGGCAGGGCCAGGUACUCAUCUGUGAAUCCCAGCAGUUGGCUGCUUCCCCAGCAGUGGGGUCUGGGCCUCGGCCCCACCAUGUCGAGCCUCGGUGGUGGCUCCCAAGACCCCGUCGGCAGUAGUAGCAGUAGUAGCAGUGGCAGUGGCCCAAAGGCAGGGUCAACAGACAAAAGUACAGUGGUGACCGCGUCUGCACCCGCUGCCACGGUGGAUGAUGCCCCACCCCCUGAGCGUCGGAACAAGAGCGGCAUCAUCAGCGAACCUCUUAACAAGAGCCUGCGCCGCUCCCGCCCGCUCUCCCACUACUCCUCCUUUGGUGGCAGUGGUGGCAGUGGCAGCAUGAUGGGGGGAGAGUCUGCUGACAAGGCUGCCGCAGCCGCCGCAGCCUCCCUGUUGGCCAAUGGUCAUGACCUGGCGGCGGCCAUGGCGGCGGACAAAAGCAACCCUACCUCAAAGCACAAAAGUGGCGCUGUGGCCAGCCUGCUGAGCAAAGCAGAGCGGGCCACGGGGCUGGCAGCCGAGGGACAGCUGACACUGCAGCAGUUCGCACAGUCCACAGAGAUGCUGAAACGUGUGGUGCAGGAGCACCUGCCCCUGAUGAGCGAAGCUGGUGCUGCUCUGCCCGACAUGGAGGCCGUGGCUGGCGCGGAAGCCCUCAACGGCCAGUCCGACUUCCCCUACCUGGGUGCUUUCCCCAUCAACCCAGGCCUCUUCAUCAUGACCCCGGCUGGAGUGUUCCUGGCUGAGAGUGCGCUGCACAUGGCCGGCCUGGCCGAGUACCCCAUGCAGGGAGAGCUGGCCUCUGCCAUCAGCUCCGGCAAGAAGAAGCGGAAACGUUGUGGCAUGUGUGCGCCCUGCCGGCGGCGCAUCAACUGCGAGCAGUGCAGCAGUUGUAGGAACCGAAAGACUGGCCAUCAGAUUUGCAAAUUCAGAAAGUGUGAGGAACUCAAAAAGAAGCCUUCCGCUGCUCUGGAGAAGGUGAUGCUUCCGACGGGAGCCGCCUUCCGGUGGUUUCAGUGACGGCGGUGGGAACCCAAAGCUGCCCUCUCCGUGCAAUGUCACUGCUUCGUGUGGUCUCUCCGGCAAGGGAUUCGGGCGAAGACAAACGGAUGCACCCGUCUUUAGAACCAAAAAUAUUCUCUCACAGAUUUCAUUCCUGUUUUUAUAUAUAUAUAUUUUUUUUGUUGUCAUUUUAACAUCUCCACGUCCCUAGCAUAAAAAGAAAAAGAAGAAAAAAAACUGCUUUUUCUGAAGAACAACAAAAGAGGUAAAGAUGAAUCUAUAAAGUACCGAGACUUCCUGGGCAAAGAAUGGACAAUCAGUCUCCUUCCUGUGUUGAUGUCGAUGUUGUCUGUGCGGGAGAUGCUGUUUUUGUGUAGAGAAUGUAAAUUUUCUGUAACCUUUUGAAAUCUAGUUACUAAUAAGCACUACUGUAAUUUAGCACAGUUUAACUCCACCCUCAUUUAAACUUCCUUUGAUUCUUUCUGACCAUGAAAUAGUGCAUAGUUUGCCUGGAGAAUCCACUCACGUUUAUAAAGAGAAUGUUGAUGGCGCCAGGUAGAAACCCUCUGAAUCCACCCUGAGUGCAGAGCCGCGGUGGCCGGGCCGGGCUGAGACCUCCCCGCCCUGGCCGCUGCGCUGUGCUGCGCUCACCAUCCCCCAGCUGGGAUCUCCCAUCCCAGCAGUGAUGAUUUUGGAGAAAUGAAAGGUUCUAUUUGUUGAUCCACUGAGAUCUGGGGAGUCCACUCCGCAGUAUUUCUGAUCUUGGCUACUUCCCUUAGAGAAAAUGAGUCCUCUUUUUCAGCCUUGCUCAUGGCAACAGAAGAAAGGGCUUCUUUGCGUGGUCCUCUGCCAGUGGGGGUGGGUGCCCAGGGGGCCCCUGCCCAUGGCCAGCUUCCUGCUGAUGAACAUGCUGUUUGUAUUGUUUUAGGAAACCAGGCUGUUUUGUGAAUAAAACAAAUGCAUGUUUGUGUCACAAA